CUCACAACAGUUUAUAACAGACAGUUCUUCGAAAUGUCAACUACUAUGGUUGAGAUGUUGAUGAACUUUUGCUGGAUAGCUUAUUUUUUGAUAAGUGCUCCUCAGGCAUUCGGAUACAGCUGCACAAUGGACAGGAAAGGAGAUGCAGUCACCAAGAGUGAAGAAAACCUCAAAUGCUAUUUGCUUUCAAAUCUUAACCAACAAACCCGUCCUACAUGGGCUGAUACAAACGUCACUAAUAUCAACAUUUCCAGUGGAUAUAUAAAUUUGGAUACAAUGAAUGACAUAUUCGAAUUACAAGGAAUGAUAAAUAUUGUAAGAAUAUUCUAGGUGAUCAAUCUCUCACAACUAAUCAUUUUCAACAAUAUUAUCAAGUUUAUACAUAUUUAGACAUGGCUCGAUCAAGAACUGGCUUGGAAUCCAGACAAACACCAUGGUCAGGAAUACAGUUGACAAAUCAAGCUUUUGCUUAUGGAGAGGUUAUUGGUCCUGGAAAUACAACUACAUCAAACCGUGGAGUAACAUCACACAUAGCACCUUUCAAUAUACGUUCUCGAUGUAAAAUCGCUCCAAAUUCUCGAUUCUUGAAUACAUACACUUGCCAAGUAGACUUCACAGUGGACGUUUUCCACCCACAUAUAACAUUUUCCAAUCUUAAUCACUCGGAUAUAAUAUCUCCAUGGAUCAUCACAAAAACCCAAACUAUAUAUCCUUUAGAAAGUGAUGACACAGACACAGAAUCAGUAUCAGUGAUGGUGGAAUUGAAAAGGAACAUAUCUCCAUCCACAUUCUGUGGUGAAUUUGCAAGCAACUCAUCGGAAAAACUCAUUUGUAAAUUGUUUUCAAAUUAUAAGUAUCCAUCUGAUAUACAAAUAUCAAAGCGUUAUGAUAGAUCUCACAGCAACACGGUAGACUUCAAGUUUUUCUAUGCUAACGUUAGAGGACAUCACACCAACACGUUAGACUUCAAGUUUUUCUAUGCUAACGUACAUGUUUCAGGGAUGUUACAGCUGAUUGGAGAUCUAGAAGCGAGUUGGCAAGAUCCUCAAUUGACCUGGGAACCAAGUAAACACAACAACACUUAUUAUCUGAACAUUCAGAAUUACUCUCAUCAAAUAUGGAAACCCCAUUAUGAACCAUUCAAGCAGAUACUCACACCAUUAAUUUUCAAAUUUUCUAUAGCGCAGCUUCUCUCUUGAGCAGAAUGGAUAACAACUAGUAUCACAUGAAGGAUUAGUAACACUUUGGGCAACGUCCAUCAGCAUACAAACAACAUGCGAAGUCUCAAAACAUGCACCAUGGAACCAUCAAAGAUGUGCCAUCAAAUAUAGUACCGGCCAUUACGUUCUAACAGAAUGUCACAUGCAAACUGCAACUGAAUCACCAUGGAUAGCCCAUAUAUAUGGCUGGAGCGACGGCAUGCACAAUGGCAAACAUUUCACAACCUUACCUAUUAAAUUAGAGAGAAACGACAGUCAUUUCAAAUCCAAAAGAUGCAUCUCCUUUGCAGACAGCAAUGAAGAAGAGCUCGAGUGCCACUUACUUUCAAAAACCAAUAUCACUAAACCAUCAUCUGGAACAUUUCUGUUAGGCCCACAAGUAGAUAUGAUGAUCUCAUAUACAGAUUUGAAUAUUGAAAAUGGAAUACUUGUAACAAAAGGAGAACUAGUAAUGAAUUGGGAAGAUGAACGAAUGGUCUGGGACCCGAAGAAAUUUGGAAAUCAGUCUGCUAUAAAAAUUGAAAAAGAUGCAAUGUGGAAACCAUGUUUUGUAUUGAGCAACGAGGUAUUUCAAGAUUCUCUAAGUAAUGAAUCAUACGUUGGUGACUUGGAGAAUACAACAUGCAACAGUGGUUGGGUUUAUUUGAAAGUAUUUUCAAAUGGCAAUAUGACCUGGGCUUCGCCAAUGAAUCUUGAAACAAAAUGUAACAUGAGCUUUAAUAGUUGGCCAUGGAAUCCUCAAACAUGCCACCUCAAUUUCACAAUUAAUACAUUAGAUGUGACUUUGAAUUUAUCUCAAAAGAUAGAGCUGUCUGGAACUCUAUGGAGAAUCACCAAAAUAACCAGAAAGCACACCACACAAAACGAUUUCAGAUGCACAGUUGAAAUCACAUUGAAAAUGAAAAGCAAUUUGUUGCAGGUCAUAGUGUGUUUCUUAUUUACAGGUGUCAGUUUAGUAACAUUGUCAUCAUUUUUGAUAUCACCAUUAAAUAGGACCAAACCGGUUUCAAAAGCAUCAUCUCUGCUACUUCUUGUAAUCUUCCUGGUAAUAUUGAUGAAUUCAAUACCUCAUUUCACCACACAUGCUUCUAAUUUUGUGGUCGGAUACGUCGUGUUAUUAUUAAUGGUGGGAAUAUCUGGCUGUAUCACUGCCUACUAUGUUCGAUUAGCAAGAAAAUUACUUUCAUAUAACGCGUUUCUGGACAUGAAAAUCUCACACCCGGAAGAAAACAGAUACGAAAAUGACACCAUGAAAACAGGAUUGAUAGAAACCAUUACAUCCGCAGAUGACGAAUCGUCGAACAAAUCCCAAAAUGAAUGGUUAAAAGUAGCUAAGAUCAUUGAAUAUUCAUCAUUUACGAUUUCCUUGAUUGUUGUUCUACUUCUUAUGACGAGUUUGAUGAGUUGAAAUAACGUUUAGAUUUCGUAUUGGUCUUAUUGUUAUUUUAUGUCUAAUUAUUGACAGUAUCAUUAAAUUCAAAAAUUCA